AUGAUAGUUUGUGUUGGUAGAGUGAUGGUGAUGGUUUAUUGUGGAUAUAAAUAUAUGAAAAGUGAAGUGAAAAAUGAAGUGAAAAGUGAAGUUAGUGAUGAAAUUGAAAAUUGUGAAAAAAGUGAAGAAAAGUGGAGAGAAAAUAGUGAUAAAGGUGGUGAUAGUGAGUGGGAUGAGUUUUGUGAAUUUUUUGAUGAAUUUGAAAGUGAAAAUUGUGAAGAAAUAUAA